GGCAGGCUUUGAUUCUCAAUAGCACUACCAAAGCUAAAACUUCCAUUAUUUCCUUCCAUCCUCUCUAUUACUACUACACUUCAAAUUGAAAAAGUAAUUAAGAGAAAUAUUUCUUAGAAAUUGGCUCAAAAUGGGAAGGUCACCAUGUUGUGAAAAGGCUCAUACAAACAAAGGAGCAUGGACUAAAGAAGAAGAUGAAAGGCUUAUUGCUUACAUUAAAGCUCAUGGCGAAGGUUGUUGGAGGUCUCUUCCUAAAGCUGCUGGCCUUCUCAGAUGUGGUAAAAGCUGCCGUCUUCGUUGGAUUAAUUACUUACGACCUGAUCUUAAACGUGGUAACUUCACUGAUGAAGAAGAUGAACUCAUUAUCAAACUCCAUAGCCUCCUCGGUAACAAGUGGUCACUUAUAGCGGGAAGAUUACCAGGAAGAACAGAUAAUGAGAUAAAGAAUUAUUGGAACACACAUAUAAGAAGGAAGCUUUUGAGUAGGGGUAUUGAUCCAACAACACAUAGGCCAAUGAGUGAGCCUACUCUUGGUACGCAAAAAGUGACAACCAUUUCUUUUGCUGCUGAUGAUCAAGAUCAGAAGAUUAAGAUCAAAUCCGAAUUAAUUGAGACGAUGAGCAAAGAAGAAGAUCAUGAAAUUCAAGAACGGUGUCCUGACUUGAAUCUUGAGCUUAGAAUUAGUCCUCCUCAUGACCAACAAAACCAACUUGAUCAUAAUCAAAGAGCAAACUCUUUGUGUUUUACAUGUAGUUUGGGUAUACAAAAUAGUAAAGAUUGCAGUUGCAGUACUAAAAGUAGUAAUGGAAAUGGCUGUAGUAAUAUUAUAAGUAUGAAUAUUUCUGGUUAUGAUUUUUUAGGGUUGAAGGCUAAUGGUCUAGUUUUGGACUAUAGAACCUUGGAAACUAAGUGAUCAGAUCCAGAUUAUGGUUUUAGUUUUCUGUAUGUAGAAAAAAAGUAUAAGAAUGUCAAGAGAGAAGUGAAAUUAGUUAAGAAUAUUAUUUUUCUAGCUAAUUUCUCUUGGUUGUAAAAUUCAUACUGUGAUUACAUUUAGUUCAAAGCAGUAAAAUAGAGUACCUAUGAUUCUAUGAAA